CUCCACUGCGUACUACAUGCUACAUAGUACAUGCUAUGCAGACCCUGAAUGCCUAUGAGAGCUAGUCAAUUCUAUUACCUAGCACAUAUCAUUUCUCCGUACACCCCCAUUUCCCCCCAGAAUCUACUGAGAAAAUCCCCAUGGCUUAAUUAAUAUCCCAUAUUCUUCCAGUGUCUUACUUACAUAAAACCGUCGAGUUCCCCCAGUCGUCUCAAUUCCAUUCCCGGCUCUCCUUUUCUUUCUUUUUUUCUCUAGUCGCUGUCAACAAUCUUCGGAACUCACAAGUGGGAAGCAGGCGCUCCAACCAUACAACGACUACCACUCUAUUACCUAACCCACUUUUUGGAAGAGUAAUAGAUAAUAUAGCCUGUAAUCGCAAUGGCUGAAACCGAACUGCACUCGGUGCCUACCGCCGAGAAGGACAUCAGUCCUGGUGCUACUACCACAGGCGCGAACACCAACGGUGUCGAUACCACUCAUCGCUACGACUAUGGCGGCAACCCGCUGUAUCACGCACACUCCGGCCCGGAUGCCCGACUUCCUGCCUUCGGUGGUGAGUUCCAGCCCGGCCUGUACAAGCCUAUCGAGCACCGGAAGUUCGCCAACCCUGCGCCACUCGGCCUCUCUGCUUUCGCCCUGACCACCUUCGUCCUAUCCUUGAUCAACUGCGGCGCGCGAGAUAUCACGAAGCCGAACAUCGCCUUGGCUCUGGCUUAUGGUUAUGGUGGUCUUGUCCAACUACUAGCCGGCAUGUGGGAGAUGGCUGUGGGCAACACUUUCGGUGCUACUGCCCUGUCCUCCUAUGGUGGUUUCUGGCUCUCUUACGCCAUCGUCCUGACUCCGGGCUUCGAGGUUCUUACUAAGUACGGAGAGGCUGAGACACACUCGGUUCUCGGUUUCUUCCUGACGGGCUGGUUCAUCUUCACGUUCCUCCUGCUAUUGUGCACUCUGCGAUCGACGGUCAUGUUCUUCAUGCUGUUCUUUACUCUUGACCUCGCUUUCCUCAUGCUGGCCUGCUCCGAUUACGCCUUGGCAAACGGUGCGUCUUCCGCGGGCGUGAAGCUUCAACAGGCCGGCGGUGGCUUCGGUCUGAUCGCCGCAUUUUUGGCUUGGUACAAUGCCUUUGCUGGUAUUGCCGACUCUAGCAACUCAUUCUUCAUUAUUCCCGUCUUUCACUUCCCAUGGUCCGAGAAGGGACGACAGGCUCGUGCUAAGACGGCGCGCGAGAACGCUUAAAUUUGCGAUUAGACUCAAAGGGGUGGCUGGCUAUCUGUUUUUUGUUUGGCCAAUUUUGUGAAGCAAAAGUUUUAUGUGGUUAACCUGGUGGUAGAUCGCACAGCGUUCUAGGAAGCGAGGCCAAUUAUGAUACCUACUUAAUAAUAUGUACACGAUACAGAGAGGAUUUUACAUGUCGAUGUGGAGAUAAGAUGUAUGAUCUAUGUAUCUGAGACUAAUGAAAAGGGGAGAACGCCGGUAUUCUUUCUCCCUAUUCCGGGUUAUCCUUAAAAAUUCAAUGUAUGAUAUGAGAAUAUGUUGUUGGGUCUUCUCAUCGUCGUUAUCAAAAUCUUCUAUUAAGAUCAACCUUA